UUGACAGGAUCUUGCGUUCCAUACGAGGGAAGGCUGAUUAAACUGCCUCCAAGCCUUUAACACCACUCCCAGAGCAGUCAGUAGAAGUCCCUCACCGAGUCACUUCUGACUGCCAGCGCUUUGUUAACCUCACGUUAAAACUUGAAAGGUCUCUAAAACCAUCGCCAUCGUCAGAAGGCAAAGUUUUGACUCGUGGAAAGCUCCAGAAACUUAAUUGUCGGGCCGGUGAGACGCAGUCAGCAUGGUGUUGAAAUCCGAAGACGGAGUGGUGCCAGACGACCUCACUCCAGAGGAGCAGCAGGAGCUGGAGAAUAUCCGCCGGCGCAAGCAAGAGCUGCUGGAGGACAUUCAGCGUCUCAAAGAUGAGAUAGCAGAAGUGACCAGUGAGAUCGAGAACCUGGGUUCCACUGAGGAGAGGAAAAACAUGCAGAGGAAUAAACAGGUGGCCAUGGGUCGUAAGAAAUUUAACAUGGACCCCAAAAAGGGAAUCCAGUUUCUGAUUGAGAAUGACUUGCUGAAAAACACCAGUGAUGAUAUUGCUCAAUUCCUCUACAAAGGCGAGGGUCUCAACAAAACAGCAAUUGGAGACUAUCUCGGAGAGAGAAAUGGAUUUAAUAUCCAAGUCCUCCAUGCUUUUGUGGAACUACAUGAGUUUACAGACCUCAACCUAGUUCAGGCCCUAAGACAGUUUCUGUGGAGUUUUCGGCUGCCGGGAGAAGCCCAGAAGAUUGACCGUAUGAUGGAGGCCUUUGCUCAGCGCUACUGUCAGUGCAACCCUGGUGUUUUCCAGUCCACAGACACCUGUUACAUCCUCUCAUUUGCCAUCAUCAUGCUCAACACCAGCCUCCACAAUCCAAACGUGAAGGACAAACCCACUGUGGAGCGCUUUAUCUCAAUGAACAGGGGCAUAAACGAUGGAGGAGACUUACCUGAGGAUCUGCUCAGGAAUCUGUACGAGAGCAUCAAGAACGAACCUUUCAAAAUUCCGGAAGACGACGGUAACGACCUCACACACACUUUCUUCAACCCAGACAGAGAAGGCUGGCUUCUUAAGCUGGGGGGGCGUGUUAAAACCUGGAAGAGGAGGUGGUUCAUCCUUACAGAUAAUUGUCUUUACUACUUUGAAUACACAACAGACAAAGAGCCCAGAGGAAUCAUCCCUUUGGAAAACCUGAGCAUCAAGGAGGUGGAGGAUAAGAAACCCAACUGCUUCGAGCUUUUCAUCCCUGACAACAAAGACCAGGUGAUAAAAGCAUGCAAAACUGAAGCUGAUGGCCGAGUUGUUGAGGGCAACCACACCUUCUACCGCAUCUCCGCCCCCACCGCUGAGGAAAAAGAGGAAUGGAUGAACAGCAUCAAAGCUGCCAUCAGCAGGGACCCCUUUUACGAGAUGUUGGCUGCCAGGAAGAAGAAGGUGUCGUCCAUGAAGAGGCACUAGAGCUGCUCAG